AUGGCUUCGAAAUCAGCGCCUCCAGAGGGUACCGCAGCUGAAAAGGAAACGGUUAUUCCGAUGCCGACAAAGGUGUCACUGGGCGCACAAGCCAAGAAACACGAGGGCCUGAUUGACUACAGUAUGGUGGACGGGACAAAUCUCUUUGCACCGGCCAACCCCGACAGCCCCCUGUUGGCGCCCCUGAAGGGUUUGAAGAAAGCAGGACUGAUUCCGCAGGGCACGUAUAUAUACGACGCCAAUCACCCGAUCCGGCUGCUCUUCCGGCUCACGGGCACCGCCGCCAAGAUGGCUCUCCUCAGCUCCAGCUUCUGGCUAAUCAUAUCCGUCCACGUGUUGCUCCUCAUCUGCUACUACCAGACCGACCACAACAAGAUCCGCAUCGACACGACACCUGGCAACACGCCUUGGCCGUUUCUGCGGUCCAGCACAUAUGCCGGCUUCCUGGGAACGCUGGUGUCGUUCGUUCUCGUGUUCCAAACGACGCAGAGUUACGCCAGGUUCUUUGUGCAGUACGACGCGUGCAACCUGGUAGCCAAGGCCGCGUGGCAGUUCACGACGGACCUGCGGACGCGCUUCGACGACGACCGCUUCCCGGGCGCGUCCAUCGUCCGCCAAAAGCUGCUGAAUUACUGCAUCGCCUGCUGCUACCUCGGCUUCGCCUGGCUGCCCCACUACAAGAAGAACGACCUCCACGUGUGGGCGCUCAAGAGAGUGCACGACAGGCAGCUGCUGACGUUAGAGGAGGAGGCCUUAAUCCUUGCACUGCCGGAAGGGGUGAAGCCCGUGUUCUCGGUCGUCAAGUGGACGAUGUACCUGAUCUUCCAGGAAUUCCGGGCGGGGCAUAUCACCGAGCGAACCCACGACACGCUUGCCGGCGCCUUCCUGCGCCUUUUCAACGGGUUCAGCACUCUCUACGAAUACGCCGCCACGCCGGUACCCUUUGCGUUUCACCACCUUUUGAACGUCAUGGCGAUCGGAUACCUAUUGAUACUGGCUUACACUCAGGUGUUCUCCUCCGGUUACUGGUCCAUAUUUCCGAUGCUUCUGACCGUCCUCUGCACGCUGGGCAUUCGCGAGCUGUCCAAUGCGCUCGCGGACCCUUUUGGCUGUGACGAAACGGACAUCCCCGUCUUGGACAGCGUCCUCAUCUGGGACUGGUUUUUCACCGACUGCGCCAUGGGCCACAUCGAAAAGUUCAAAUACUCUGUGGAGUCAGCAUAG